AUGAUGCGAGGGUUUGAUUCUAUCGAGUCGUUGCAUGCAGAGGAGUUGCUGGUGAAGAGAAGACGAGGCAGCAAGCGCUUUGUGAUUGCAGCUGCAGUCAUAGGUGGUCUGUUCUUCUUGGUGGGCAUACUUAUUGGGUACUUCAGUCACAAGAGAGACUCGGCCCAUCAGCCAGACUCUCAACCCGAAAUACUCAGUCCAUCACAGUAUAUUCUUGACCACGUCAGUACGAAUUACCUUCGAAGCAAACUUAAUGAAUUCACUGCCCAGUCAAGACUACCAGGGACUGAAGGUUCGCAAGAGCUGGCUCACAGAAUACAUUCUCUGUGGACAGCCAGUGGGUUGGAUGAUGUACACUUUGCAACGUACAAUAUAUUACUCUCGUUUCCUAACCAGUCAGAGCCAAAUAAGGUAGAAAUCAUAAAUAAAACAUCUGGGAAUACUCUCUUCACAACUUCGGCCUAUGAACCGUCACUAAGACCUGGGGACAACAUAUCUACAGUAAUGAACUUCAAUGCUUAUUCACCAGCAGGAAAAGCUUCGGGAGAUGUUGUUUAUGCAAACUAUGCAACUCUAGAAGAUUUUGAUUAUCUGACAAAGAAUUUAAGCAUUGAUCUAACUGGAAAAAUUAUCAUAGCUCGAUAUGGCAAAAUCUUCAGAGGUAACCAGGUUCAUAAUGCUGAGCAUUAUAAUGCUAGUGCUCUGAUCCUGUACACGGACCCAGCUGACGUCAAUAAGGCUUUUAAUGAGACAGGAAAAGAUCUGCCUUACCCCAAUUCAUGGUGGAUGCCUAGCACAGGAGUGCAGAGGGGGACACUACAUGAUAAUGGAGAAAACCCUGAUACUCCAUUUUAUCCUGCGACUGACUAUGCCUACCAUAUUGACCCAUCUAAAAGAAACCUGCCGAAGAUCCCAUGUCAACCAAUCAGUUAUGGAGAUGCUGAACAGAUUUUACGCAAUCUGUCUGGGCAUCCUUCCCCUUCAAGCUGGCAUGGAACUCUUCCUGUGGAGUACAAGACUGGACCUGGUUUUGAAAACAACCCAGAUUUGAAAAUAGAAGUUAGUGUAAAUAACUUCUUGGACACUCGUCCAGUUUAUCAUGUGAUUGGGAUUAUAAAUGGAACAGAAGAGCCAGACAGGUAUGUUCUUCUUGGAAACCAUCAUGAUGCAUGGGUAUAUGGUGCUGUUGAUCCUCAGUCUGGGGGUGUAGCCUUAUCUCAUGUUGUGGAUCUUUUUGGCCAACUUCUCAAAUUAGGUUACCGACCAAGGCGGACACUUAUCUUCUGCAGCUGGGAUGCUGAAGAAACUGGGCUCAUUGGUUCUUCGGAGUGGGUAAAGGACCACCUCAAAGUGCUGUAUGAAAGAGCAGUUGCCUACCUCAAUGUUGACAUGUCUGUACAAGGAAACUUCACAGUGAAAGCUGCAGCAAGCCCACUACUUCAGGAUGCCUUAUAUGAAGCUGCUAAACAGGUCCCAAGUCCAGUCAGUGAAUUUAAAACUCUUUAUGAUCUGUGGUUAGCCAGACCAUUCUCUAAUGACAAGUUAAUGAACCAGGAGCCUAGUGUUAGCUAUUCGCUGGGAGCAGGCAGUGAUCAUGCUAGAUUUUACCUACUGGCUGGGGUACCAUGUGCUGAUUUAAGAAUCUCUUAUGAUUUGAAAAAGUACCCUCUUUCAUCAUAUCCACUGUACCAUUCACAAUACGACAAUAUUUUUUCCUAUGAAAACUAUCAAGAUCCAGGCUUUGUAUUCACUAAAGCUCUGACACAAUUUUGGGCAAUACUGGCAUACAAUAUAGCUGAAGCUCCAUCCCUACCUAUGAAUGUAACAAGAUACUCCACAGCUGUGAGCACAUUCAUCGAGGAUCUUCUCAACAUGUAUAAAGAUGUUUGGAUGAAGAACAAUGUCAAUACUG